AUGCCACGAUGUUUGGUGGCUGGCUGCAUGGCGAACUGUAAGCUGCUGCGCUUCAUCUCACUGCUACUACUGCUGCUGUUGGCCGGAAGCGGGGAAGUACGUGGACAUGUGAGCGAACCGAGUAGCAGCAGCAGCAGCAGCAACUCCGUGCAAACGGUAAUGGAUCUGAUGGAGGUGAUGCUGAAUCGGAACAUUCUGGAUAUGUUGAAAAACGGUGGUUUUGACUUCCGGGAACCGGCUCGUAUUUUUCUCCCGCCAAAGUUUUACUCCGUCGUUCCACUCGACCCGGGCCAUAUGAGCCCGGACCAGAUUCUGCAGCUUGAGCAGCGGAAAGGCUCAACCGGACAGAGUCUUGCCGUCCCAUUACCAUCGUCGGUGACAUUCGGUGGAAAAGCCGACCAACAACAGCAACAUCCAGAUGGUGUUGCGGCCGGAGAUAAACCUCGGGGAGUAUUGAGCGUGUCGGACGGUGGUGGUGGUGGUGGCGGCGGCGGUGGCAGCAGGAUCAACUUGAUUUCGUAUUCCGAUGGCAAAGUGACGACAGCCGGUAGUGGUGAUGGUGGUGGUAGACGACCUGCGGUGACCAAUAAGGGAAGCGAAACAUUAGAGAAAAAUGUCGCUACAAAUGGUCUUGUGGGGGCCGUGGUGCCGGCAAUGGCGAGAACGAAUUUUCAAGCACGAAUCAACGGAAAGGAAAUGACGCCAGCAAACGAGCAGCAGCAUCUGAAGCGGUGGCAGUCGUCCCUAACGACCUCGAUAACGGAUCAAACGGUGUCACAAAAUGUCGGCCGCACACUUCCGGCAUCCGGUCGGGUGGGAGGGCCUGCCAGUGAUGGGAGUACGACGGAUCGGCUUCGUUCAGCACUACCCGGUGAACCGGAUGUCGAUUAUCCGAUAUUGGGCAGCGUACCAACGACUCAGUUUAGCUGCGAUAAGCGCCAUCAUGGUUAUUAUGCCGACGUUGAGGCCCGAUGCCAAGUGUUUCGCGUGUGCGCCAACACCGAUUCUACCGGGCGUGGAUUUGCUUUCCUCUGCCCAAACGGCACACUCUUCAACCAGCGCCAUCUGGUUUGUGAUUGGUACAUGAACGUACGGUGCGAGAAGAGCGAGAGCUUAUACCACGUGAACGAAGCUAUUGGCCAAAUGAUGGGUGGGCGGUCGAUGGUGAGUGAUAAUCCGCGGGAUAUGAUGAACGUAGUCAUGUCAAUGGUUACCUACCCGAUGCGUUCGCUGAUGGAUAUGAUGGACGGAGUUGGAGUGAUUGAGGAACGUUUUGAAGGUGGCGAAGGGGAGCGGCCGCAAGAGCAGGUUAAAGUGUCUCCGCCAUCGGGUAGAAGCGAUGGGUACGUGACUCCUGGAGUAGGUCUGGAACUACCGUUAACACAGACCAAUGUCAGAUAUUCUGGAAACUUAGACGAUUAUAGUCCAGAGGUGACGAAUUACGAGUCGGAUGUCAGCAGUUCCGUAGGUCCUCAAACGGAUCAAGUAACGUCGAAUGAAUAUCGACCCAUGCUGGACAAUGUGUAUGUAUCUAGUCUUGGAACAUUGUCCACCGAUCCAGAUUCUGGGUUUGAUCCUGCAAGGUCAACGGUGCUUGCUAAAACUGCGUACGAUGUAACGCAGUUGGCCGCAGUUCCUCAAGCGGAUUCGUACGGAGUUAGCAAUGUGAAUCAAGCAAAAUAUACAAAACCCAUCGCAACGGAUAUUCAACUGGUCAAAGCAGAUUUGGUGCAUUCCUGGAACGAUCAACCAGCUCCCUUAAAACUAGCUCCAGUGACACGAACUUUCCCACAGCAAACCACAAUUGCACCGUACACACCCUUUCAACAACACCAUCAAACAACUCACAGUGUCCUCAAGCAAAGACCAAUACUCCCACCGACCGGUGUUCUUCCACCCUCUACCCUACCACGCACAGUUUCGAUCGGUGGAAACAGAAAGUACACUGACCCAACGGUGUCUUCUGCCCAUCGGUUUGCUCCAGUGCGCAAAGUGCUCCCCAUCAAGAAGGUGACCGUUGUACCGGAAAACUCGUACCAGAUGCAAAGCAACUCUCACACACAGGCGCAAAACUUCUACCCUACAACUUAUUCAACGCACAGAACGCCCUCGAUGCAUAGAAAUGCGGCCGUUACGGUUCAGCCAACGUAUGUCCGGCCGGAAAACUUACCUUAUACGACCCACGGUAGAACACAUGCUCCCGCGUCUCAUCAGCACAUGGUGCAACAAGUUCCGGUGGGCUACAAUCGGGUCAUCAGUAAUACACCUUACACUACGCAACUACUACGCAGAAGCGAUGAGCUAUCGGCGAUCCCGGCACCAACUAGCGUGAGUGCUCGUCGGUACAAAACGACUACCGUUUUACAGGUAGUACCGGCACUUAGCUUUUACCUGAACGAUGCCCAAGAAAAGCGUGCGUUCGAUGAAGCCGUCCGGCAGGGACUGUUUGACGAACGAAGACGCCGAACCUACACGUCUUACGAUGUGCCGCUCGGCAGUGUGGGACGGCUUGGGCGAAAGGCUUAAUGGUUUAGCGACUAAGAGGUAAUGUAAUUUAUUAGAAGCUCACCGGCAAAGAG